AUGGACUGCAGAGUGGGCAAGCUGAGGUUCAGCAGGAAGGAGUCACACAUUAUUGGCAGAGGAAGCAAUGGCACGCUGGUGUUCAGAGGAGUCUGGAGCGAUGAGGUCCCAGUGGCUGUGAAGCAGAUGCACAAGGCGUUCAACAACAUGGUCGUGAUCUCCAAAGAGAUACAGGUGCUGAUGCAACUGACAAAGACCGACUGUCCAAACAUCGUGCGCUACAUUGAUCGCGAGGAGGACGACAUCUUUGUCUACUUGGGCAUCACACUCUGCGACCUCUCCCUGCAGGAGUUGAUUGAAGACUCGCGAAAUGCACCAAAGCUCUCAAUGCUGGACUCGGGACGACUGAUUCGCGACAUGGCAGACGGCGUCUUCUUCCUCCACACGAACAACAUCGUCCACAACGACCUCAACCCGCGCAACAUCCUUUUCAAAGACAAUCGACUGCUCAUCUCUGAUAUGGGUCUGAGCAAGAUGCUUGUCGAUACCUCAUUCACAUUCACUCAUGGCCCCACUGGACAUGGAGGAUAUCAUCCGGCAGAGGUACUCAAAGAGCAGAGGAAGACCAACUCUGUGGACAUCUUCUCUCUUGGCUGCCUGCUCUUUUAUGUGCUCACAUCUGGCGGACACCCAUUUGGCGGCUCGCCAAUGGAUCGCGCCUACAAGAUAUUCAACAAACAUCAGCCAGACCUUAGCUUGCUCCAGGGCAACCACGCUGCGGUGGACCUGAUCAAUCAGAUGGUGUCCCACGAUCCAGAGGUACGCCCCACCAUUCGCCAGGUACUCAGGCAUCCACUCUUCUGGCUGAGCGAUCAGAGGCGCAAGUUCAUGGAGGCAGUCCACCAUGCAUCAAAGAAGAAGCCUCACACUUACCUCAAUCAUUUUGUACUCGCCGAUGGAAGCAAACAGGCGUUCCUUGUCGAGGGAUGGGACAGAAGCAUCGACCCGGUCCUGCUCAGCAAGCUCAAAGUGAAGGUAACAUUGCCAUACAGGUACGAAUCAGUCAAAGACCUUGUUCGAUGCAUUCGCAAUUCAAUCGUCCAUCACCAAGACAUCUUGUUGGAUACCAAGCGUCCGCUUUUUGAAUCGCAACAGGCAGCAUGGUCCUACUUUGAUUCCAAGUUCCCCACGCUACUCAUAUACCUUUAUCGCCAACUAAGCAUCAAUCCCGACCCAACCUACCUUGCAGACUUCUAUUAA